CGCGCGGCUCGCGCGCCGUGCUCAGUCCCGCGGGGCGGAUGGCGCGAGGCCGCGCGCUCCCGCGGGCAGCGCGGCCGCGCGCGUAGGGGCCGCGGGCAGCGCUUUUCCCGCACCGCUUUUUCCCGCGCCGCUUCUCCCGCGCCCCUCCGCGCCAUGCUGGCCGCCGCCUGGCUGGGCAGGGGCUCCUGGGGGCUCCUCCGCGGUGCGGCGCGGAGGCGGCCGGGCGGCGGCGGUGGAGCCAGGCCUUUGGGCGACCGGCCCGGCUCGGCGGCGGCCGCGGCGGCGGCGGGUGGGGGGCGGCGCGGCGGCGGCGCCUCGUGCCUGCCCGCGUGCGCGGGGCUCCCGCGGCUGCUGCGCGCGCCCGCCGCCGCCUGGCGCCUCCUCAGCGGCGGGGCCGCCCCGCCCGAGCCGGGCCGGGAGCGCGGCGCGGCGGGGCCCUACGCCGAGCUGUAUGAAAACCCCUGGACCAUCCCAAAUAUCCUGUCCAUGGCGAGAAUGGGUCUGGCGCCAGUUUUAGGCUAUUUGAUUGUUGAAGAGAAUUUCAACGUUGCACUCGGUGUCUUUGUCCUGGCUGGCGUGACAGACCUGUUGGACGGAUUUAUUGCACGGAACUGGGCUAAUCAGAAAUCAGCACUGGGAAGUGCUCUCGAUCCCCUGGCGGAUAAAAUCCUCAUCAGUGUGCUCUACGUGAGCCUAACUUGUGCAAAUCUUAUCCCAGUUCCCCUGACUUCCAUGAUUAUCCUGCGAGAUGCGGCGCUCAUUGCUGCCGUUUUUUACGUGCGAUACAAAACUCUUUCUCCACCGAGAACACUGAGUAGGUAUUUUAACCCCUGUUAUGCUACUGCACAAUUAAAACCAACAUUCAUCAGCAAGAUGAACACAGCAGUUCAGCUGAUUUUGGUGGCGGCUUCUUUAGCAGCACCUGUUUUCAAUUAUGUGGACAGCAUAUAUCUGCAGACAUUAUGGUGCAUCACAGCUUUCACGACGGUGACAUCUGCCUACAGCUAUUACCACUAUGGCAGGAAAACUGUCCAGGUGAUCAAGAACAAAUGAAGUGGUCCAGGUGAUAAAAGGUGAAGUGUUCCUGGAAAGGCAGGAAGGUGCUGUGCCCCCAGAGGUGGUGGUAUUGCAGCUGAGUUUUGGAUCAAAGCACUCUUUAUUUUUCUGCUUAAACCAUGGCAUCACAAUGAAGUGAAAUUUGAACAUGUACUGUGUAUAUAUGUAGAGACAGACUUUUUGAUGUAUUUUUAAUUUCUUUAAAAAUGAGGUUGUUUACAAAAACAAAAUAAAUAAUUCUUAAAAACA